CGCGUGCGCGGAGGCCUGCGCGCUCUGCGGCGCGGUCCGCGGUGCAGGCGGCUCCGGAGGAGAGGGGGUGGCGGAUGGCUCUGCGGGACCCGGCGGUCUUCGGGCCCGGUUCCCGCGGGUCGUUGGACGAGGCCGGGGCCGAGGGGCGCGAGGCGGCGGCCCUUGCGCCGGCGGGAGUCACUCUGGAGGACGAUGAGGAGGACGAUGGCCGCCGGGGCCUGCUGCGCUGGGACGGCUUCUCGGCCUGGCUACACUGCGUGUGUGUGGUGGGCUUCGACCUGGAGCUGGGCCAGGCGGUGGAGGUAAUUUAUCCUCAGCAUUCCAAACUUACUGAUAAAGAAAAAACAAAUAUUUGCUAUUUGUCUUUUCCAGACUCAAAUUCAGGUUGUCUUGGAGACACCCAGUUUUGUUUCAGAUUCCGCCAGUCUUCUGGGAGGAGGGUGUCACUGCAUUGUCUUCUUGAUCAAUUUGACAAAGACUUACCAGUUUACUUAAAGAAAGAUCCUGCAUAUUUUUAUGGAUACGUGUAUUUUCGCCAAGUUCGAGAUAAAACUCUUAAAAGAGGCUACUUUCAGAAGUCUUUGGUUUUGAUCAGCAAACUACCUUAUAUUCAUUUUUUUCACACCGUACUCAAACAGAUAGCACCAGAAUAUUUUGAAAAGAAUGAACCUUACUUGGAAGCAGCUUGUAAUGAUGUUGACCGAUGGCCUGCCCCAUUGCCAGGGAAAACACUGCAUCUGCCUAUCAUGGGAGUACUAAUGAAGGUGCGGAUUCCCACAUGCCAUGACAAGCCUGGGACCACUCAGAUGGUGCAGUUAACUCAGCAGGCAGACACACAAACAUCUAUUAUUUUACCUACCGUUCAUGAGGUGGAUCUUUUCAGGUCUUUCUGCCCAGUUUUCCUUCAUAGUCAGAUGCUUUGGGAGCUGGUGCUGUUGGGAGAGCCCCUUGUGGUCAUGGCACCAUCGCCAUCAGAGUCUUCUGAAACUGUAUUGGCCCUUGUUAACUGUAUUUCCCCAUUAAAGUACUUCAGCGAUUUUCGACCUUACUUCACUAUUCAUGAUAGUGAAUUCAAAGAAUACACUACGCGUACUCAAGCUCCGCCCUCAGUCAUCUUAGGGGUAACCAACCCCUUUUUUGCUAAAACACUACAGCACUGGCCACACAUUAUUCGAAUAGGAGACCUUAAACCUGCAGGUGAAAUCCCUAAGCAAGUUAAAGUGAAAAAGUUGAAGAACCUAAAAACUCUGGAUUCUAAACCUGGAGUUUAUACUUCUUACAAGCCAUAUCUAAACAGAGACGAGGAGAUCAUAAAACAACUCCAGAAGGGUGUACAGCAAAAACGUCCUUCUGAGGCCCAAAGUGUUAUUCUCCGACGCUAUUUUUUGGAACUGACACAAAGUUUCAUCAUACCACUAGAAAGAUAUGUGGCAAGCCUGAUGCCUUUGCAGAAAAGCAUCUCUCCAUGGAAGAGUCCACCCCAGUUAAGACAAUUCCUUCCACAAGAAUUUAUGAAAACACUUGAGAAAACAGGACCACAGCUCACAUCUGGAAUAAAGGGCGAUUGGAUUGGACUUUACCGGCAGUUUCUAAAGUCUCCAAAUUUUGAUGGCUGGUUCAAGACCCGACGGAAAGAAAUGACCCAAAAAUUGGAGGCACUUCAUCUAGAAGCUCUUUGUGAAGAGGACCUUCUUCUCUGGACCCAGAGACACACAGAAGUAGAAACAGUGGACCUUGUACUGAAGCUGAAAAAUAAGUUGUUGCAGGCUGACCGAGAGAAUUUACCUGUGAAACCCAACACUGUGGAGAAGUUGCGGACACACAUAGAUGCAAUUAUCCUAGCAUUGCCAGAGGACCUGCAAGGCAUACUGCUCAAGACUAGCAUGACGUGAUACUUUCCAGGUUUUCCAGCCAAAAAGGACUGUGACCCAUGAAGCAUACUGACAUUUCAUCCAGACGCACAAAGGAGCCAUCUUAGUGGCAGUAGCAUGGAAAACAGCUGCCAUCGCUAGAUAGAGGUGGGAAGUUUGAACAUACAGACAUUUUCAGUGCAUUCGGUGGUGGUUCCACAAUGCUGAAAUACUGGAAGUCAUUUCCACAUUUUUAAUCACGUUCUAAAGUGCUCUUAUGAGAGACCUGUGGGGCCAUCAAUAUAAGUGACUCCAAACUGCAGUGCCGGCAUUGCAGAUAUUUUUCUAAAUUGGUGCUGCUUUGCCCAAUCAUGUUGAAACUCAGGGGAAUAUAAAAAUAAUGUUCACACUGGCUGUCUUCUUCAGAAGGAAAAACUGAACUUUCCAACUAUAGUUAGCUAUAACUGAGGCGUAUGUAGUGCCUUCCAUUGUCCUAUAUGUUUCACAGGGUCCAGCUGCUAAUUGUAAAGCUUUUCUUUUUUUAAUUGUGAUACAUAACUUUAAAGGCAUUAUGUCAAAGUAAUCAUUUGCUCAAAAGUGUUUCUUAUGGCCCCUCAUGUUUAUUGACUGGUAUCUUAAAUUAUCAUGUAGGUUUUCAUUUUACCACUUC